AUGGCGUUGCUCUUGAUGGCGCGGUGUGGCAUCCUCAUGACAAUCUCACUAGCAAUCUCAUUCAUCGGCACUGCAUCAGCCUUCACCCUCUCCCCUUCCCUCCUACCCUCUCCCCUCCACACCCACACCCAUUCAUCCGCUGCAGCAUCCGUCCACCCCUUUCGCCCGCCAUUGCUACGGCUGCGGCCUCCAUUGCCGCCAUUGCGGGCGGCGCAGGAAGAUCAGCUCAUCUUGACCGAGGAGAACGUCGAGAAGACACUGGAGGCGUGCAGGCAGGAGCUCUCGGCGCUGUUCGGCAACAGCGAGGAGAACAGGAGCGUCGGCAUCACUGGCGACGUUGAGUUUGCUGGUAGGCAGGCAGGAGUGACUCUGUUGUUUGAGUCACUGCAUCGUCCAUUGCAUUGCAUUGCAUUGAGAUCUGCCUGUCUUCUUGUCUGUGUUGUGUGUGUUGACUGGUGCGUGCAGGUCUGGAUGGUCCUCUGGUGAUCUUGAGGCUGAAGGGCCGGUUCUGGCACUCCCGGGCGACGGUGCUGGAGAGGGUGACGGCAUUCCUACUCAACAGGUGGGAGGGCGGCCGACACGACCAGACAGGCAGGCAGACAGACGGACAGACAGACAGACACGUGCACUGAUUGCUUGACUGACAUAGCUGCUGCAAUGUGUUGUGUUGUGGGUGGUCAGGAUUCCCGAGUGUCUUGGUGUUGAGAUAGAGGACCCUGCCAUGCUCGAUGACAACGCUGAGUGAGUGAGUGAUAGUUAUGCCGCUUUGGGUCCGUGGGCGGCUGACAGACAAAUAAGACAUUUAUUUGUGAGAUGGACGGAUGGAUG